AUGAGUGGCAUAGGCAUUUCCACGGCGCAGAAUUGGAUCGCCGCUGUCCGUGCUCAAAGCAGUUCUUUGAUAAGCCAAUACGCCCACAAGUAUAACGGCACACGGGACGACGCUGGUUACACGGGUCUUAUGAUUGCUGCCAGUCAAGGAAAUACCGACAUCAUCCGUAUCCUCAUGGGCUACGAACAGAAAUUAACCAACAAUGCUGGGGAAACUGCACUAAUACUUGCAGCCAGAAACGGACACGCCGCCGUUUGUAAACUUCUGGUCGGCUUGGAGAAGGGCUGCAAACUCCCGAAUGGUCAGGAUGCUCUGAUGGUUGCCGCACAGAAUGGACAUGUUUCAGUCAUCAAUGCAAUAAUUAAGCACUUCCGCCUGGUUAAUGAUCGACAAAAUCUGUCUGCCGCUGAUCACGCUUGUGCAACAAAUAACCUUGACUGUCUCAAAGCGCUGCUCCAGCACUUCGUUGUCUCUCAGGAUGACCUUACCUUUAUGAUCACUGUUGCUAGCGCAAAGUCCAACACGGAUAUCCUCAAGUACCUCAAGGAGUAUCAAAGCCUCAGCACGCAUUCACAAAUCUCUGCUUGUGCUGCCCCACACGUAGAUGCCGCUAGCGAGUUAGAUGACGAUGAGCUUCAGCUUCACAACGAGCUAUCUGGGUGUUCUGACCCUCUCAAUAGCCAAGACGACUCUGUAACUGCUCGAAUCGCCCCUGCAAGGCGAUCCCGCGCCCUCUUCCGUGCCUCGACACGCUUGAAGAGCGGCAUCACUGAGGAUGGCGCUAUGCAGAAGCGUUGUGCCGAGCUGGAGGAGACAAUUUCUGAGCUCAGAAGGAAGAUAAGAGAUACAGACGAUGCACUUCGAAUGAAGGACCUUGAGAUUACGAAGUUAAAGCUACAUUUGGAGACAAAGCCUGCAGACGUUCCUGCUCGUGCUUCAUCUCCUCAAAAGAUGGCCCAGGAAAUAGAAUCGCUCAGGGAAAAAGUUAAGAAGCUUGAAGCUCGACAAAAGGGUGGUGAUGACUUCUCCUAUAAAGUCGCUACGACAGAGAUAGCACUACUCAAGGAGGAGAUUGAAGAAAAAAAUGAGCUCAUUGGAAAGCUGCAAUCUGAAUUGAAUUCACCAAGCAAACAGAAGUCAUCUAACUAUUUACGAGGAACUGCAGAUGAGUCGUAUGUUGAGAGACUUGAAGAUGAAAUCAUGCAAUUGCGUACAGACCUUCUAAGCCUUAAGUCAUCUGACCAAGGGCCAACUCAAUUGGGAGUGCCAGCAUCAGCACUUUCUUCGCUGCCACAGAAUCAAGAUAACGCAGCUAACUGUGAUGCACUCAAGGAGGAGAUCAAAUCACUUAAGGAGGAAGUCCAGAGCUUGCGAGCUCAACUAGCUGCGGCCAAUAAAGUCAAUGCGCACAUGGCAAUAAAAUCCCAUAAAUCAAUGACUGGGGAAAGUCGUCACGCACAACGUGCCGAGGUUCUUCAGCAAAUCGUUGACAAGCAAGACACUGAGCUCAAAGCACAGAAACAGCUGAUUGAUGAUAUCCAGGCAAAGGUCAAGAGCCUCAAUGAAGAGAGGGAUGAACUAGUGGAAGAUCUGCAGAGGAAGAUUGCACAGUUAGCGGAUGAUGUCCGGCGGAAAGACGAUAUGAUUACCAGUCUACAGAGUGCCUCUUCAAAAAUGGCAAGGUCUGAGCCUUCGACAUCGGAGGUAAUGGUCCUCAAGGAGAAGGUCUCUCUACUUGAAUCGGAGAACUCGCGCCUACAAGCCCAAGCACAGAUGAAGGAUGCCCAGUUCGCCGAGCUAACAUCGUCGCUGUCUCUUUUGGAUCAGAUUGAGGAAAAGAAUCGGUCUAAUGCUAAAGCAGAAAUUCACGCUCUCCGCGUGGAUAAGCAGCGGCUCAAGGACAAGCUCCUGGUCGCAGAAAAACAGUUGUCUGACCUAAAGUGUGUUUUGGAAGAAUUUACUAUCGACUUUUCUGGCCCAACUUCUACAAUUGACCCUGGCCUUAAUGCAAAGGAAAUUAUAGCGCUCCAUAAGCAGCUUUCAGAAAAAGAUAAGAUUAUUGAGGCUUUAUCUAACAAUCCUGUUGGUAUGCGUGGCAGAGAAGGCUCCCUUCAGGCUGUGCGGCGAAUUCGAAAACUUGAGUUGGACCUCGACCAAAUGAAGAUCCUUGCAGAAGAACUAGCUAUGUCUUAUGUGAUGGAUUGUCAUUCUAUGGCUUCAAGUAGUACUGCAACGGCUCUUGUUCAUGCAACGAAAGCUGCACCUUCUCGAACAGUUAUGGACAAUAAGACUGAGAGUGUGCAGACGGCACUGACAGUGGAUGGGAUGGCUAAAGAUAUAGCUGAACGGGACAGGCGUAUCCAGUGCCUCAUAGCUGCCCUUCAAAAUCAGGAGCAGUCCUUCAAGUCACUUCGGAUUGCUAUGGAUGAAAAAGGGAAGGAAAACAACUCAGUCAUUACUGCUUUGGAGUCCAGUGGUGAGACCCUCAAGAAGGUGCUUUCGGGUCGAUCUCUUGCAGAUAUACGUAGCGGUGUUAUGACUCCAACCAGUGGCGCUUUAAGCCCUCGUCGCGCCCGAAGUUGUGAGAACACACCACCAAAGGAUGAGGCGGUUACAUCGGAGCAGAUCGUCCCCCUGUUAACCAAGCUUGCCUCACAGCAGCUGAAGGAAGCAGAGAAGAAUGACGAGCGCACGCAAGCAAGCUUGUCUCCUAGAGGUCGUAGUGCCGUGGCGAGUGCAAACGCGACUGUAAUCAAUGUUCUGAAGAAUGAAAUAGGUAGCUUGAAGGAGAUGCUCCACGCGCGCGACAAAGAAAUCGCAAAUCUUCGCGGUGAAGAAUGGUGUCCAGCAGAGUAUUAG